GAGCGGCUUCGCAGUUAGCUAGCGAGCUGUUUACAGUUAUGACAAUAUUUAGUGAAAUAUGAAGGACAUGAAGACGUCACGAUGCGUAGAGCAGGAGUUUUAGCCUAAAUCGGAAAGUGGAUUUAUACCUUAUGAUUACUAUGAAGCUACAGACUUUAUAAAUACAGAUCGCCUGAAAAAUUAUCCAGAUAAAAAGGUAGAAGCAGAAUAUAAAAGUGCCCGUGAUCAUUUAAAUAUUCCGGUUUGAAGAUACAUUGCUAUGGCACUGAGAGAGCUGAAAGUCUGUCUCCUUGGGGAUACUGGUGUUGGAAAAUCAAGUAUUGUUUGUAGAUUUGUAGAGGACAGCUUUGACCCAAACCUCAACCCAACCAUUGGGGCAUCUUUCAUGACCAAGACAGUGCAAUACCAAAACGAGCUGCAUAAGUUCCUCAUCUGGGACACGGCGGGACAGGAGAGGUUUCGUGCUCUGGCACCGAUGUACUACAGAGGUUCAGCAGCAGCCAUUAUUGUCUAUGACAUCACAAAAGAGGAGUCCUUCCAAACUCUGAAGAACUGGGUGAAGGAGCUUCGCCAGCACGGCCCUCCUAAUAUAGUGGUUGCCAUUGCUGGCAAUAAAUGUGACCUUUCAGACGCCAGAGAAGUGCCAGAAAAGGAUGCCAAGGACUUUGCUGAUUCCAUUCACGCAAUCUUUGUGGAAACCAGCGCCAAGCACGCCAUAAACAUCAACGAGGUCUUUGUAGAGAUAAGUAAGCGGAUCCCGGUUGCUGACGCCGCAGUAGGAACCUCUGUCAAAGGUUUCAAACUGGGACGGCAGGCUUCAGAGUCUCGAAGGACAUGCUGCUGAUAAUGCUGGGGACUGAACUCAUCGUUCUGAGACCUAAGCAUCACCAACCCACCUAGCUCGGUGAUGUGCUUCAACUUGAAGAACCAACACGGCGCCAGAGAAACGCUCCCCUUUGCUCACAGCAGCGGAGCGGACAUUUCUAUAGCUCCGUACAAAAGCAGAUCCCCGUGUUUCUCGUUUAAAAAGCCUGCAGCAGCAGAAUGUUUAUUAGUGAAGGUUACAUUAAAGGAGGUGUGGGAAACUUUCCAGACUCCUCUACGACGUUAGAAGUCUUUUAUAUUUGUACACUUGUACAUUUGUAUAAAAAAAAAAUUCUAUCAGCAUAACAACAACAAAAAACCACAUUGAAGGAAUUUAACUUCUUCCAGUUAUUUUGAAAACUUCUAAGUUAUCUUUUUUAUAUACAGGAAAUUUUAAACAUCAGCUUCAUAAAGGAUCCCUUUUACGUCUACUAAUUUAUUUAUAGGUAACCUUUUUAGCCUGAUUUUUGUUACCAACGAGGCAGCGGUGCAGAAAACAAAGCAGAAAUGAAAGGUGUGUGGGAGCCGACUUCCUUCACACUGAGGGAAUGCUUCAUCAUUUCACUGAAACGCUGUUACUGUCCUGUUAUGUGUUACUGCAGGCCGGUUUACUGGUGCAUUAAGACAGAAUCAGGCUAACCUACGUUUAACUUCUCUGUUUUUACUCAAACCUGCUCCGCCUGUAAAUCAGCAUGUCUGAUUUCUGAUGCUUUUCUUUUCUCUCUCUCUUUGAAGAAUUAUCUUAUUGGCUCUUGUAAGGUUCUUGUGAAUCAUACGUUAUUAGUGUAAUUUAACCUCUUGAUCAGAAGAACGUUACAAGCAGCUUUUCUGUGUUUAAUCAGAGCUUCAACAGGCGCUAAUUAUUUUGUUAACACUGCCAUCUCCUGCCAUCUGUUCUGCAUUUCCUGCUUGUAAUCUCUGGAGACGCCCUCCGUUGUUGCACAGGCUCGUGUGAACUGUUCAUCCAUUUACAGAUUUUACAUUGCAAACUGUUUAAUAAGGGAAGCUGUUUUCUGUGCCAGAUUAUUUAAUUGUCCAACUAUGAUCUUUUUUUAAUCUUUGCUUCUUUUUUUUAAACCUAAUCAGCAGAGCCUUUUACUUCCAAGUGCUGUUUUACUACUUGGCUUGAGAUGAAAAUGCUGAGACUUGGAAAAAAGGCCUCAUUUAAAGGGAAUUUGUAUGUUGGAGCUCAGAUCUUGUGUUAGCAAGUUAGCACAUUUUUAUAGGUGGAGAAUUAGUUGGGACUGUGUGUGAACAUGCAGAUACCCCCCUAAGUGAACUUUGACCCUGUUGCUGGUUUGCUCCAGUGUUUAUGUAUGUAUUUUAUUUUCGUUCACUGUUUGUGCCUCAUUUCGUCCCCUUUUUCUGGCUUAAUUAUACUAGAUAAUAUAGUUUACAGGCACUGUCUGAUGUCCUGUACAUGAUUUUAAUUCUACAUCGGUAUAAUAGUUGAGUAUUUGGUAUAGAACCAAAUGGAUUUGAGUUAGCCACAGUUAGCUUUUUAGACCUUUUUCAAAAACAAAAUGGAAAAAGAAAGUUUUACAGUAUUGUAUUUUUAAGACCUUUUUCUUUUUUUUUUUUUUUAAAGAGCUGCACUUUUUUACAUUAAGUAUUAGUAUAGACCCUGUUGUCCUUGUUGGAUUUAAUUUUAAUUAAUGAUUUUUUUUUUUAACUGCAGGAGUUUAUUGUCGAUGUAUUUUGGUUAUGCAGUCGAUGUUUUGUGCAGACUUAAUGGCCUUCACAGUUAAAGGUGUCCCAGAUACAGACGUGUGUUUAAAAAAA